AUGGUGGGUCCCAUCCUAGAGAUGACUCUGGUCCCAGAGAUAGAGCUGAGGAAAGCUACCAUCCCCAUCUUCUUCGACAUGAUGCAUUUGAGAAUGAGAUCAUCACCAAACUGGAUCACGAGGUGGGGAGGGGGCAGAGGAGGCAGGCAGUACAAAGUCCUCUUCCACAAGAUUCUGUUGGAACACUGCAGGAAACACAAGUACCUGUCUAAGAGUGGGGAGAGCUUUGUGAACCUGGUGGUUCGUCUGUUGGAGAGGCUCCUGGACUACAGGACCAUCAUGCACGAUGAGAACAAGGAGAACCGGAUGAGCUGCACCGUCAACGUCCUGAACUUCUACAAGGAGAUAGAGAGAGAGGAGAUGUACAUCAGGUACCUGUACAAGCUGUGUGACCUCCACAAGGAGUGUGACAACUACACUGAAGCUGCCUACACACUGCUGCUGCACGCUAAGCUGCUGAAGUGGUCUGAGGAGCCGUGUGCAGCUCACCUGACCCAGAGAGACGGCUACCAGGCCUCCACACAAGGACAACUCAAGGACCAGCUCUACCAGGAGAUCAUCAACUUCUUCGACAAGGGCAAGAUGUGGGAGGAAGCCAUUGUACUAGGAAAGGAGCUGGCAGACCAGUAUGAGAAUGAGAUGUUUGACUUUGAGCAGCUCAGUGCCUCCUUGAGGAAGCAGGCUCAGUUCUACGAGAACAUUGUGAAGGUGAUCCGGCCCAAGCCAGACUACUUCGCUGUGGGAUACUACGGAGUGGGCUUCCCUUCCUUCCUCAGGAACAAGAUGUUCAUCUAUAGGGGGAAGGAGUACGAGAGGAGAGAGGACUUUGAGGCCAGACUUCUCACCCAGUUCCCCAACGCGGACAAGAUGAAGACGACCACGCCGCCCGGCGACGACAUCAAGACCUCUUCCUCACAGUGCAUCCAGUGUUUCACCGUCAAGCCUGUUCUAGAACUCCCUUCAAAGUUCCAGAACAAACCCGUCUCUGAGCAGAUCGUCAGGUAUGUGUCUGUCUGUCUGUCUGUCUGUCUGUCUGUCUGUCUGUCUGUCUGUCUGUCUGUCUGUCUGUCUGUCUGUCU